CAUCCUCCUCUUAAAAAAAUCGAGGAAGCUUUGGAAAAUUGGUAGCUUGAGUUGAGAGCACCUCUGGAGGGGAUCAUGGAGGAGGAGCGGAAGCUGGAUGCAGCGGCCCUUGGUUUCCCAGGGCCGGCGCGCUCGGGGGUCACGCGUGUCGGGUGGAUCGGCAUCGGCGUCAUGGGCGGCGCCAUGGCUAAGCACCUCCUCGCGGCUGGGUUCGCAGUCACUGUGUACGCUCGCGCGCCGGCCAAGGCGGAGAGCCUUGUCGCCGCUGGCGCGAGCCUCGCGGACUCGCCGGCGGCCGUGGCUGCUGCAUCCGAUGUGGUGUUCACUAUGGUCGGAAACCCCGGCGACGUCCGCGCGGUGGUUCUGGACCCCACCACCGGCGCCCUCGCCGGCCUCCGCCCUGGCGGCGUUCUGGUGGACUGCACGAGCUCCUCCCCUUCCCUCGCGCGCGAGAUCGCCGCAGCCGCAAGCGCGGCAGGCUGCUACGCCGUCGACGCGCCAGUCUCGGGGGGCGACGUCGGCGCCCGCGACGGGACGCUGGCCAUCUUCGCCGGCGGCGACGAGGCCGUGGUCGCCUGGCUCGCCCCGCUCUUCGCCCACCUCGGCACAGCGACCCACAUGGGCGCGCCCGGCAGCGGCCAGAGCAGCAAGAUCGCCAACCAGAUCGCGGUGGCCGGCGCGGUGGUGGGCCUGGGCGAGUCCGUGGCCUUCGCCAACGCCGCGGGGCUCGACGCGCCGCUGUUCCUCGACGCAGUGUCCAAGGGCGCGGCGGGCUCGCGCGUCAUGGACAUCUUCGGCGACCGCGUGCUGCGCCGCGAGUUCGGGUACGGGGGCAGCGUGCGGUACAUCGUCAAGGAUCUCGGCAUGGCGCUGGAGGUCGGGGACGGUCAGGAGGAGGCGAACGUGCUGCCCGGAGCCGCGCUGUACCGCCAGAUGUUCACCGCUAUGGUGGCCAAUGGCGACGGCGACCUGAGCUUGCAGGGACUGAUCACCGUCGUUGAGCGCCUGAACGGCAUUGGCAAGUCAAGAAUGGCAGCACCGGGGUCACUAGGACUUCUCCAUGCCCCGUCCUUCACCGCUGCCAAGUGCCAGCCGGUUGCGAACCGAGCUGGUGCGCGGCGAGCACCACGACCACUGCUCGCCGUGCGCGCUUCGGCUGCUGACGCCGCCAACAAGGACGCCGUCCUCAGGGCCUUCCGCGAGAACAGGGCUCUCAAGAUCAUCUCUGGGCUACAAAACUUCGACAGGAGCAGUGUUGCAUCUGUUGUCACAGCUGCAGAUAAGGGAGGUGCCACCCAUGUUGACAUAGCAUGUGAUGAGGACCUAGUAAAGCUUACUCUGGACCUUACCACCCUUCCGAUUUGCGUCUCAUCUGUAGAUCCUUCAGCGUUCCAUUCUGCAGUACAAGCUGGAGCUAAAAUGGUUGAGAUUGGAAACUAUGAUUCCUUUUACGAGAUGGGCAUCGAGUUCUCUUCUGAGCAGAUACUGAAGCUGACAAGGGAAACCAGGAAGAUGCUUCCGGACAUCACCUUAUCUGUAACAGUUCCUCACACACUGAGCCUGCCAGAUCAGAUGAGACUUGCAGAGCUACUCGAAGAGGAAGGCGCUGAUAUCAUCCAAACUGAAGGUGGAAAAUGUUCUAGCCCUACAAAGCCUGGAGUGCUGGGAUUAAUUGAAAAGGCAACACCAACACUGGCCGCAGCGUACUCCAUCUCCAGGGCUGUCAGCAUUCCAGUGAUGUGCUCGUCAGGGUUAAGCUCGGUGACAGCACCAAUGGCAGUAACUGCAGGAGCUGCUGGAGUGGGAGUCGGUUCUGCUGUUAACAAACUCAACGACGUUGUGGCGAUGAUCGCUGAGGUGAGAAGCAUCGCACAAGCAAUGGGUCUGGAUUCAAGAAACGUGUCUGAUAACUUGAGAACAGUUCACUAGUGGCUAGGAGUCAAGCUUUUGCCUUCUCUUGUCGAACUUGAACAGUCAAUAAGAAAGCAGAGGAUGCAGCCGCUCUGCAUUUUCUCUCUGCUGCCUUUUGCCGUGGCUGUGGGUGAAGCACCAUGGUAGAAGUGGUGCCUUGAUUAAUAGAAGUUGUAAGACCUCAGUCCAUGUGUCGCUGGAUCGCUGCAAGUAGUCUUUUUAAACCCGCAAAAAACUUCAGGUAGGUGCUGGCUUUGUUGGGGACAUCGUUUGUGCAAUGAAAAUGAGCUCGUGCUCUUGCAAAUUUGACUCUA